GUCUAUACCAAGAUGGCUGCCACAUUGGCGCUGUCAUUUUGGUACAGAGCAGAGCGAAGCGCUUAAUUCGACCCGGUUCAGGCCAGAGUCUUUUUCUCUGCGGCUUCCUCGUGCUCAGCUAGUCCCCUGACCAAUCCCUGGGAAUCCCUGGUACCUCUUCGCUAUACCUACACAGAGCCAGGAAUCAUGUCUUGGGCUGCUCGCCCGCCCUUCCUCCCCCAGCGGCAUGCCGCAGGGCAGUGUGGGCCGGUGGGGGUGCGAAAAGAAAUGCAUUGUGGGGUCGCGUCCCGGUGGCGGCGGCGACGGCCCUGGCUGGAUCCCGCAGCAGCGGCGGCGGCGGCGGCGGCGGCGGCGGCAGCCGGAGAACAACAAACCCCGGAGCCGGAGCCGGGGGAGGCUGGACGGGACGGGAUGGGCGACAGCGGGCGGGAUACUCGAAGCCCAGACAGUUCCUCCCCAAAUACCCUUCCGCAGGGGGCCACUACCCCUUCUCCUCCUGGGCCGCCCCUACCCGCUUCAGCAGCUGCAUCCCUUGGAGGCUCUGGAGCCCCACCCCCACCCCCGAUGCCACCCCCACCACUGGGCUCCCCCUUCCCAGUUAUCAGUUCUUCCAUGGGGUCCCCCGGUCUGCCCCCUCCAGCUCCUCCAGGAUUCUCCGGGCCUGUCAGCAGUCCCCAGAUUAACUCAACAGUGUCGCUCCCUGGGGGUGGGUCUGGCCCCCCUGAAGAUGUGAAGCCACCAGUCUUAGGGGUCCGGGGCCUGCACUGUCCACCCCCUCCAGGUGGCCCUGGGGCUGGCAAACGGCUAUGUGCAAUCUGCGGGGACCGAAGCUCAGGCAAACACUAUGGGGUUUACAGCUGUGAGGGCUGCAAAGGCUUCUUCAAGCGCACCAUCCGUAAGGACCUGACCUACUCAUGCCGGGACAACAAAGACUGCACGGUGGACAAGCGCCAGCGGAACCGCUGUCAGUACUGCCGCUAUCAAAAGUGCCUGGCCACUGGCAUGAAGAGGGAGGGUAAGGACCUGCCCCAUCCAGGCCUCCCAGUCUGCCCUGUGGGAGAAGUGGGAGGAGGUGGAGGGAAGACUGCAGGAAAGCACAAGACUGUACCUCUCAGGAAGGCUGGACUGUUCUCUCUCUCCUCCAGAGGGCGAUGUUUGAUUUCCCUCUCCCCUGCUCAUCAGCUCUUCUUCCCAUACCCUGAUCUGGUCCCUCGGUACGAGGAGGAGCGUCAGCGGGGGAAGGACAAAGAUGGGGAUGGGGAGGGGGCUGGGGGAGCCCCUGAGGAGAUGCCGGUGGACAGGAUCCUGGAGGCAGAGCUUGCUGUGGAGCAGAAGAGUGACCAGGGCGUUGAGGGUCCUGGGGGAACCGGGGGUGGCGGCAGCAGCCCAAAUGACCCAGUGACUAACAUCUGUCAGGCAGCUGACAAGCAGCUAUUCACGCUUGUUGAGUGGGCGAAGAGGAUCCCACACUUUUCCUCCUUGCCGCUGGAUGACCAGGUCAUACUGCUACGGGCAGGCUGGAACGAGCUCCUCAUUGCCUCCUUCUCUCACCGAUCCAUUGAUGUCCGAGAUGGCAUCCUCCUCGCCACAGGUCUUCACGUACACCGCAACUCAGCCCAUUCCGCAGGCGUGGGAGCCAUCUUUGACCGGGUGCUGACAGAGCUAGUGUCCAAAAUGCGUGACAUGAGGAUGGACAAGACAGAACUUGGCUGCCUGAGGGCAAUCAUUCUGUUCAACCCAGAUGCCAAGGGCCUCUCCAACCCCAGUGAGGUAGAGGUCCUGCGGGAGAAAGUGUAUGCAUCACUGGAAACCUACUGCAAACAGAAGUACCCUGAGCAGCAGGGACGGUUUGCCAAGCUGCUGCUGCGUCUUCCUGCUCUCAGGUCCAUAGGCCUUAAGUGUCUAGAGCAUCUGUUUUUCUUCAAGCUCAUUGGUGACACCCCCAUUGACACCUUCCUCAUGGAGAUGCUUGAGGCUCCCCACCAGCUGGCCUGAGCCCACACCCAAAGGUGGUGCUCCUCAAGCUUGAGGAGGGCACGUCAGAGAGGGACUCCGAGCCUCGGGCAGGGUUGGGAGGGGCCAUGUUCCUAGAAUUUUGGAGGGGUGAGGAGUUCAGGGCAGAACUGAGACCUCCAAGAGGGGGGGGGUCCCUAAACCCUCCGAGGGUUUGCCUGAUAUCCCGUCAGAGGGGACCCCAGAUCACUGCAAGGGCUGGACCUCUCCCUUCAGUAGCCUUGAGUCUCUGAACUUGUGUGGGUCUGCCAUGGUUUGGGGUGCUUUCUCACCCCCUGGCUGGAGGGACCUCUCCUUCCCCCAGCACAAAGCACUGGCCUUGCUCCCAGGACCUUGCUUCCUUCUCAUCUUGUCUCACUUAGUCCCCCAUCUGAAGAGUGGAAAUGGGAACUUCUCCAGAGAUGGAUAUUAGGGGGCAGGCCCCCCAAACUGAUGGACAUGGGAGUUAGGCUCUGACAGGCCUUCCUCUAACCAAGCCUGGCAGAUGGAGCUACUCUGAGAGAAGGAGGGGGCCCUGUCGCUGUCUCCUGUUGAGUGCCCUCUCCCACUUCACCUCCUGCAGUCAGACUGAAAAAUAAGAAGGUGGUGGUGGUUAAGGGCUGGGUGGAGUUGUAGGAAUCCAUCUGCUAUUUUUAAUUUUCUUUAAGGAUAGAGACUUGCAGUUAGACUCAAAGAAGUACUGUACUUUCCUAGGUUGACUAAGAAAUGCCAGUGGUGGAGGUGGUGUUUGGGAAAGGCAGGGCUCUGAGAUGGUCUGUCUUGGGCUCCUCAGGCACUGGCCUUCCCAACGCCCUCCCCCCAACUCUUCCUGUCAAACUUGGGGACGGGGUCUGGGCUGUGAUGACAGGGCAGGGGGUGGUUUGGUGAGUAGUCCUCGGGCUCUUCCCUUCACAGCUCUCCCCCUAGCCCUGGACACACACACAGUAGGUUGGGGACACAGGAUCCUGGCCUGAGAAUUGAGGGGAGAUGGCCUGUCUGCAGAGAUGGGGUGCUGGGGCUGCAUGAUUUUUGCCCUGCAGCUCUUCUCUCUGGGGUUCCUUUUCCCUCUCGUACACUCACACAUAAAAUCGCUUUCGAAUUAAAAUUGCUGUUUUCUGGA